ACGUCGGUUUCCCCCGCCAGUUUCGGACUUCCAUGGGCAUGUUCUGCUUUUUUAAUCAUCAAUCAUCAUCCAUCCAAACUUUAGAACUUUGUACGUUUCUGGGCAAUCAUCCAUCGUUCCCACUGCCAUGGAGUUCCCCGCCUGCUAGCCAGGUGCUUAUCUCUCUCUCGUAUUCCAUUUCAUCCAUCCGUCUCUGAUGCGGAAACUCCUCUUGUUUCGUAGUUUCCCAUUGAUCAAAUCCCAGUCUUCUCGUCCUUUCCGCCAUAUUAUGCACGCAUGCAACUGAUUGUGUUGCUUUCGUUACCGUCCUCUUGCCUCGAGGAGUUUGACUCCGCCCGGCUCCAGAAAUUUCCAACUUUUCCUUCUUCCCAAUACCUUACUUGGUAGGUACUAUUUAAAUAGCGCCUGCCAGACCAGGUUCAGCUAGCCCACCAUGACAUCAAGUCGUCCCUCAACCCCUCCAAAGACGGCAUCCGAGAUCGUCCACGAAGCCAGUCGACGCCACCCGCCAGCCAGUGGUAGCACAUCCACUACUUCUAUUGGCGCCUCCUCCCGUCAUCCCGACAUUGCUAGCGGCACCGACGAUGACAUGCUUCCCGAGAAUCGAGAUUCGACCCUGCCCGCCCCGGUACCAGGCACACGGCGGCGGCUGAAUUGGUGGAACUGGAAUUGGGUGCCAGCACCCGUCCGUCGCACAGGCAAUGCCGUUGCAACCUGGGUACGCGGGCCGCCGAACCCAACGCGCUACACCAUCAAGCCGCUCUUGCCCAAGGUGCAACACGCCCCGAUCUGGCUGGUCAACAAAGUGGCACCCCGUCGCUGGCACAAGGCUGUGCUUGCCUUGAUAUACGUUGCGCUGUGGGUCACAGCUUUUGCGCUCGUCGUGCAGCAUGCCGGCCAAACUACUGCCAUAGAGGACUUUGGCGUGCCGACGUCCCUGGGGUGCGGCUCGGCGUAUUGGGUCUAUGGAAAUGGCUGCGGUUUGGAUGGCAACUACUGCCGCCCCUUUGCGAAUCAAACAUUGGCAUUCAAGUGCCCUGCAAACUGCGCGAGCUAUAGGGUUCAGAACCCAAGGGCUGUUGGUGACCAGGAGAUCAUCUACCAGUCCAUGGUUAUCGGAGGGCCCGGGAGUGGGCAGAAUCCAAACCUAGGCCCCAUCUACCGCGCCGAUUCCUAUAUUUGCGCCGCCGCGAUGCAUUCCGGCAUUGUUUCUAACACCAAUGGUGGCUGUGGAGUUUUGAACCUGAUCGGCGAGCAGAGGAACUUCGUCUCCUCCAAUCGAAAUGGUAUCGACAGCAUCAAGUUCAAGUCGUCAUUCCCCAGGUCAUACACUUUCCUCAGUGGCAUCGCAUGCGACUCAGAGGAUUUUAGAUGGCCGUUGCUGGGCAUGUCGGUAGCAUUCACGGCCCUCUUCUCCCUUUUCACAACUUCGGUGCCAUUGUUCUUUUUCGCUAUAUUCACUGGGAUCUUUUGGCACGUCGGCAUGGUCUCGGACCCUCCUCCCAACUCUGGCGCUGCCGACCUCGCUUCCCAGAUUAUCGGCAGGUAUCUCCCUGCCAUAUUCGUAGCAUGGGUCAUGUACGACCGCAUGGGCGUCCGUCGCACCCUCGUUGGCCUCACGGCUCAGGUCGAAAAGACGAUCCUUUGGCUCGGCGCCUGCUGGCUUGGCGCGCUCGAGAACUAUUCCUUUUCCGAGUGGAUUCCCAUCAACCGCCUUACCGGUCGCGACCUUGACCAGCAACCCGGGGCCAAGGCCGCGCUCGCCUUUAUUGUUAUCCUGCUUGUCGUCAUCGCCGCGUCUCAAGUCUGGUUCUUCCGCCAGGAAGGUCGCCUUGGGCGCAUGCUGCGCAUCUACGGCCUCUUGGUCGGUGCCAUCCUCAUCUGCCUUUGCAUCACGCCGCUCGAACUCCGCAUCCAUCAUUACAUUCUUGCUCUGCUGCUCCUGCCUGGGACCAGCAUGCAAACGCGGCCCUCGCUUGUCUACCAGGGACUCCUCGUCGGGCUUUUCAUUAACGGCACCGCCCGCUGGGGAUUCGACGCCGUUCUCCAGACCGCCGCCGCGCUACUAGGCGAUGGACAGUUCUUCUCCGACCUCCCCACUAUCCUGGCCCCGACCAUCUCGCUGGCGUCGGCGUCCUCGACGAAUCUGAGCAGCAUAACGUUCUCUUGGUCCGUCGCCGACGCCGCCGACCUGGGCUAUGACGGCAUCAGCGUGCUCGUCAACGAUGUCGAGCGCUACCGCGGCUUCUUCGAGGACAAAGUCUCGCCUGACCCGAACGUCGGCGGCCCGAACGCCGGCCGCCGCUUCGAAUGGCGCCGCAAUGCUACCACGCAACCCGACGACGAGUACUUUCGCUUCGCCUACGUCUUUGGCACCGAUUCGAUGGACUAUACCAAGGCAGGCACUUGGACCGCCGCGGGCGAGUGGGUAACCAUGGCCCCGGGGCCGUCCAAGAUGAGGCGGCGAAGCUUAACGACGCGCUCUCCCAAGAGGAAUCAAGGGGCACGGAAGGCUAAGCGAACGAGGGUUUUUGAUGACGAACUGUAAGGUCUGUAGAUACAAAAAAGUAUAAAUGGUGUCUUCUAUUUUCCAACCCCCCAACCAUAGUAGAAAUUUUUGCUACUGGUAUAACGCUGUGCAGGGUAGCGUUAAGUUGGACGCUCCGAACUCGGAGACAGUGUUUUGUUCCUGACUUAUUAAUUUUUGGUUUUGGUUUCAAUACAUCAUGAACUCAUAUUUACCCUGUGUUCAAAUUUAUUGUGACCGGUAAAGAUUUGUCAGCUGGUAUCGUGAGAUGAUGUAUCUAGUUGCGCGUACUGAUUAAUCUACAGUGGACUAAGAAGACGUAUACCGA